GAAAAGGCGGAAAUGUGAUUCUCUUUGAGACGGACCGGGGGGGGAAAGCCAAGCAAAAUCGAGUGAAAAAGAAAAAUCCUCAAAAUGUUGAAAGAGUUGGUAAGGGAGCGACUCAUCGCGGCCGCCGACGAAAUCUUUGGGCUGUUUGAAAAAACGAUCGCGUCGUACGAGGAGCAACUUCGUCGAGCGAGAGAGGAGAGCGAGCGACACCGACGACAACUGGAAGCUGUUUGCAAGACUCAAAUUGUGAUACGUGUACAAGAAGGUAAACUUGGGGAGAGCUCCAGUGUGGAGCAGGAGGAUGCGCAGUCCCCUCACCUUAAAGAAGAAGAGGAGCAUCCAGAGCCCUCCCAUGUUAAGGAGGAAAAGGAGGAGGCUGACGUCAGUGAUUUGCCACUGACCGUCGUCAUCGUGAAGAGUGAAGACGAUGACAACCCGUCCGAAUCGUCACAGCUUCAUCAUCACAGUCCAAGUGGUGACCACUGUGGAGGACCACCAACAGACAACCUCUUAGCUCCGCUGUCACAUGGUGACGACACGUUAGAACUUUCGAGGGGCGACACAGACUGCGAUGGAGACGACCUGCGCAAAGAACGUUUUACCUGCCUGAUUUGUGGCAAAAGCUACUCCUAUAAGUGCAACUUGACUCUCCACAUGAGAACGCACACAGGAGAAAAACCCUUUUGUUGCUCAGUUUGUGGUGAAAACUUUUCCAGUAAGUACAGUUUGAAUGUACAUACGCGAACCCACACUGGAGAGAAACCCUUUAGUUGUUUAGUGUGUGGUAAGAUGUUUACCCAAAGGGCACACAUGCGGUCGCACAUGAGCACGCACACCGGAGAGAAAUCCUUUAGCUGCUCAGUAUGUGGUAACAGAUUCUCUCGAAAGAUUCACAUGGUGUCACACAUGAGGAAACACACGGGAGAAAAACCUUUUAGCUGCUCAGUUUGCCGCGAAGGAUUUAUUUCGAAAGUGGCUUUGAUUGCGCACACGGUAACGCACACCGGUGAGAAACCUUUCACUUGCUCAACUUGCGGUAAAAGCUUUUCCUACAGGAGUAACUUGAACGAACACAUACGCACACACAAAGAAAAACCCUUUAAUUGUUCAAUUUGCGAUAAGAGAUUCACUCAGAAGGUGAACAUGGAAUCACACAUGAGAACGCACACGGGAGAAAAACCUUUCACUUGCUCGUUUUGCGGAAAAACCUUCUCUCAAAAGCCCACCAUGAUCACACACAUGCGAAUACACACGGGAGAAAAACCUUUCCGUUGCUCCGUUUGCGGCGAAAGCUUUGCGCAAAAGGUCUCGUUGACGGGACACGAACGAAUGCACACAGGAGAAAAGCCCUUUGCUUGCUCGGUUUGCAGCAAGAGGUUCUUUCUCAAGGCAAACAUGGUGUCACACAUGAGAACACACACAGGAGAAAAAGCUUUUAAUUGCUCAAUAUGUGGUAAAAACUACUCUCAUAAGAACAAAUUUAAAGCACACAUGCAGACACACAAUGUUGAAUAAAAGUUAACCUGCCCAUUUAUGCUAUAACAUACACAUUUUUUUUAACAUAUUACAAGGAAAUUGACUCUGCGAUUGCCUUCCACUGGGCUACUAUCUUGUCAUAUGUAAAACAAUGUGAAAAUAAUUCCUCAUGUCUGUUUCUUGGUAGAAGUAACACACUUAAAAAUAGUUGCUGGACGGGUAGAAAAAGUUGCUAAAUAUAGCGACAAAAUCGCUAAGUUGGCCACACUGCAGCGCUCCUCUCUGUUCGCAGCUAUGGUGGAAGCAGUCCGCCUCAGCUGGACACGCUUUGAACUAUGGAAGCUGUUAAAACAAUCAAUGAAAGAAAAAACAAUCAUCGUGACAAAUAAACAUUAAUAAGGGAUAACGUCUAUUAACUGCCCAGCCCAAUUAUGAGCCUUUCAUUACAGUUCCUCUGAAGUUUUAUUUGUUUUCAAACUCACAGGCCUGACGUCCAAGUUGUUCUAAUCACAUUUCCUCAUUGUAAUGUAAGUGCGAACUAUCUGUUUUCAAAGUGUAACAGUAAAAUGUCAUGUUUAGAAAAAGAGAACCAAACAGAAAACAAAUAUACCAAUGCACGUUGUGUAUAUAUAUACUGUAGUAUGUUAUUGUAUGUUAUUAAUGUACAGGAAAAAUAACGUUAUAAUUAGUGUACAAUAACAUGUGAAUGUCUUGUAUUUUGUAAUAUUUAAAUUGACGAACAAGUCAAAUGUCAUGUUUGUUCCUCUCACAUGCUUUUACAAUAAAGACCCUUUGGAUUCUGCCCGC